AUGCAAGCAGUAAAUGCUUCCUAUGCUCACUUGAAAUCUCUAAUUGAAAACAACAUCGUCAAUGACCUUCCCUUGGACAGAGAAAUUGAAUCAGAGAUUAGUAAAAAUAUUCUCAUUCUAAAUAAUCUAUUGAUCAAUUCUUAUCAAAGUAACUCAAUUACUGCUUUGCUUGUUAACCAGUUCCAACUCAAAUAUAAUCUAGAAAUAUUAAACACUGUUUUCAUCCUUUUUAAUUCAAGUGAUUUCAUCAAAUCUUCAACAAGAUUCUUGAAUCUAAUUAACGGUUUACAAAAAAUCGAAAACUUUAAUAACAAUAUCCCAUUAUACAAUAUUUUAACCAAUUCAUUAAACACUAUAAUUAAUUUGUUUUUGUUUAAUCCAAUUUUAGAUUUAAGAAAAUCAAAAGUUUUAUCCUCAAUUUUCUCAAUUCAAGCAACCUAUAUUAGCGCCAAUAAUAACAAUAAUAACAACCUCAAUAAUGUCUUGAAUCAAUUCAAAUGUUUACAGUUUAUUGACACAGAAUCGAUUCUAAGCUAUCAAACUCAAAUUUUCGACCACUUAAAUAACAACCACACCGAAAAUGAACAAGACUUUUUGAGAAUUUUAUUCAAAAAUCAAAAUGUCAAAAUCCAAUUUCAAAGAAACUUAUUCCAGUCCUUUUUUGAGUACAACGUAUCUCUACUUCCAGAAUAUUAUUCCAAAAUCGGGCUUCAACAUCUUUUAUCAUUUUUUGGAUUCAACGAAAAGAACAAAAAAAUCUUCAAUGAAAAAUUCAAUAUCAACAUAGACUUUGAUAUCGUUCUUUUCAUAUCCAAAAUGAUCAAUGAUGGUCGUCUUCAAGGCAAGAUUGACCAACCAAGAGAUCUUUUACUGUUUGAGCAAGAUUUGGAUACCAACAGAGACUACGGCACUUUCAUUCUCGACUGGCAAAAAAACAAAAUUGGCCUGUUUUUUAUUAAUCUUGAAGACAUAAUUGCAAAAAUUGAAGCCAGCUACGAGAUAACUGCUGUUUCUGCUUCAAAUCCUGCUCCAAAUCCUGCUCCACCUUCAACGGCUUUGUAA